UGCCUACUUUCAAUGACUUCCAACGGUUUCUCUCUCUCAAAGGUGGCGACCGCCUUUGCUUGCGUUCGAACAGAAGACGGAGAUUUGUCAUUAAGAGAAUACACACAAGCCUAUUAUGAGCUCAACAAAUUUUUCCCGCUACUCGGGAGGUUGAUGGGAUUUGUGGCGUCUGAUGUGACGGAGAAGGCGGAAGUGUUGAUGGAAUACGUUGAUAGUGCUGGAGAGCCGUACAGGACAAUACAAUCGAUGAUCAAGCAUGAAGUUGAUAAUAACCUGACAAUACAAAAAUCCAAAGCAUCCGGCUCCAGAACUUUGUUACGACUACAUAGAGCAUUAGAUUUCAUCAUUCAAUUUUUUGAGAAUGUAGUUGAGUGUAAGACUAACAGUCUUGCUGGCGUUGCAUUUCAAGCGUACUCGAACUCGUUAGCUCAGUAUCAUUCGUGGGUUGUGAGGAAGGGAGUGCAGAUGGCCGUCUACAUGCUUCCGUACAGGAAAGACCUUAUCGCAAAGUUGGGAGAGGAAGAGAGUGACGUGGUGUGUGAAAUAAAAUCACUGGCAGACUUGAUGAAGCCAAUUUAUGAAGAAACACAGAGGCUAUACACCGAAUACAAACUACACGAACUGCCAUGACGUUCAUUACUAUCUAGUCUCACUGACACAAUUACAUUUUUUGUAGUUACCACUUAGUUUGCCAUGUGAGGCUGCAAUACUGCUUUUGAUCCCA